AUGAGAAAGGUUCCUUAUGCUUCGACUGUGGGAAAUCUCAUGUAUGCUAUGUUUUACACUAGACAGGAUAUUUGUUAUGCUAUGGGACAUGAUCUAAAUCCUAUUGGAUAUACUGAUUUCGAUUUUCAAUCCAAUCGUGACUCUAGGAAGUCUACAUCGGGAUCAGUAUUUACACUGGGAGGUGGAGUUGUGGUAUGGAGAAGUAUCAAGCAAUCUUGUAUUGCUGAUUCUACCAUGGAGGCAGAAUAUGUAGCGGCUUGUGAAGCUGCUAAAGAAGCUGUUAGUGCAGCCGUCAAUGAAAUUGGAAGUUUUGCUGCAAUCGCCCGCCAGCCCACCGUCGAAGACCACCGGCAGAACUUUCGGCGUCAAAGGUCCAAUACGAUUCUUCAGGUAAAAGAUCGGACUGUUUUAUCAAUUUCCUUUAAUUCUUCUUCUUUGUUGUUCAGUUCAUUUCCUAGGGAUGUUCACAAGGAUUAUCAGACUAAAGAAACUGAGACAUUGCUUUUUUGUAGAAAUUUGUUGGCUUAUCUAUAUCUGAAGGCUAUAUUGCAAUUGGCUAGGAAACAACUUUUGAGCAUGGAGAAGUGUACAUUUUGGACAAUGGACGAGAGGUUUAAAAAGGCAUCCUUCAGUUAA